CACAAACGGGCGGAAAUUACCACCACAACCACCACCACCAUUCGUGUGUUUACCUCCAUCCCCACGUACAUCCCGAAACGUGACGUCUCAUUGGUCUACCUCCGGCAAUCCCCAGACUCGUCGGUCGACUCGAUCAUGACGUCAACCACGCCCGACACGAGAGGUCCGGCCUCACCCUGGACGGUUGAAUCUGAGUGUCCUGGUGAUCCGAGCCUCAUGUCCACUCCGUUCUCAAUUUCCAAAGGAAUCGGAGCUAGAAAACGAGCCUUUCCCCUUGAAGAUUCGCAGGGUUCUCCGAAUUUACGACGGUCGCUCCAAGGGGUGUGUGACUUGUUGGAUUGCUCAUUGUCUUCGCCCGGGAAAAAAGCCCGCGUCAACCCAGAUGACCAGCUCAAGUUGAAAUCCCAAGUAUCGAUAGAAGAACUGACGGAUUUGAAGGCGUUUCGUCGCCGCUUGAAGACUUUUACGCCCAAGCUAUGGUCUUCGGUGAAUCCGGUAUCACCUCUGAUUUGCGCCCAAAAAGGUUGGGAGGUGUCUGAGCGCGAUCUAUUGAAGUGUUUGGUAUGCCGCAGCCAUGUCUUUGCCAAAUUACCGUCCUCGGCCGAACCUCAUGUGUUCCAAAAGAGUGUGACAAGUCUGCUCGAUAAGCUCACCUCGGCCCAUCACAAGUAUUGCCCAUGGGCUACUGUCUCCGUUCCCCGGUCGUAUUUAGAUCCGUUUCAGCCGCAACAAGAGCUGUUGGGUGAUGUCGUUCAACUGAUUCAAAGUAAUUCCACCGGGAAGCAUCGGGAGAUCCUUCCUCUGUUUUCAUCACGCACCCGAAACCAUUUGGUACCUGGCGAACUAAUCGACUGGCUGGCCCUAAAAGCCGACAUAGCUUCGAUUGAUUCGGUUCAAAAGACAUCGGCUGUGGUUUUAAGUCUCAUGGGCUGGCAAAUCGUAGAAUCCUCGCGUGUGUUCGUCUACCAUUGCCACUUGUGCCAAAGGAAAUGCGGGUCAUGGUUGUAUUGCGCUCUCGGAGAAGAGCUGGAUCCUUUGGAGGAGCUUUUUCCAGAUGAAAGCGAGGUCAUUCAUGCCGAAAUAACCAAUGAAGUCUUGGUCUCCUUGACUUCUCAGUCUGUUCAAGAUGUGUUGAAAGAGACACAAGAAGCGAGCCGGAUGGACGAGGAAGCCGAUUUGACCAAUAAGGACGAUGACCAAGAAGAGGAAGAUUCGGAGCAAAAAGAACUGUGUUUUAGCUUUAGCCAACCUCUGGCUCUUGUCCACUCACCAGGGUCUAAAAGCGUACCACCUCCAAUUGAUGGUGAAAAGAUUCUUGAGCGCGUCUUCUCAAAACCCCUUGGAUUUUCUCCACCUUCUCGUGCCAUGUCUGAGGCCAGCAUGGAGGUCAACUUUGAUGAGCGGAGUGUCCUUGAUCUCAAUGUUUCAAAGCCAAAGCCUACGGACGGCCAAGACAUAUUUCCACCUCAAAUGAAAAAAGAUUGGAGUAAGACCAAAGUAAUGGAUUCUAGUAUGGAUGUGAACUACGACUCGUGUAGUGUCAUGGAAGGAGAGUCAAAUGCUUGCGCAUUAAGCAACCUAGACUCUGUGUCGCAAACUCCUAGUGAGGAGCUGCCCGUUUCUAGUGAGUAUGCUCUGGAACCUGAGGCUCCAUGUAAGGACCUAGACGGUAUCAACGAUGCAGGAUUGGCCGAGAGAGUUUUUGGAAGUGACAUCUUGCAAGCUGUAACCAAAACGGCUCUUCAUUCGGAAGCAUCAAAUCUAGAAGUUCCUAAACCGGACGAAAGCAUGAUUGCAAAUCUUGACCCCUCCAGUCCUAAACCCUCCGUGACGUAUCCAUUAAACCAUCUGAAAUCUGCGGUUGGUAACGACGUGAUUGCAGACAUUGAAUCGGAUAAGGAGACCGAUGCAUUGAUUGUGGACGAACAGGAAGACUUGGAAAUCGAGCCGGACGCUGAAACUGAAGAUGAAGGGGAACGCGACGAAGACGAGGAUGUUAUUGGGGCUAAUAAUAAUCAACAGGCCAGUGAAGAAGAAGUAAAUUACGAUGAAAGACUCGAAAAGCAAGACAAAAGUCACUCGGACGACGACGACGCGUCAUCAAAUAGUGAAACAAGCCCUCGAGAUUUUCCUCAGUCGUCAAUGAAAGCCACAUUUGAGCCUCAGGGUGUCGGCUGCGAAAGCAACCCUGAUAACGAUCAUUCGUCAAGUAAUUAUGAUGAUGCGCAAGAUGAUGUAUCGGAUCCAGACGAACAUGAUCCUCGCGGCAAUGAAGGCGUACACGAUGCUGGUGAACUGGAGGACGUAGAUGACGAGGACAAAGAAGAAGAACAAAGUGAAGAGGAACACGAAGACGAAGAAGACGAUAAUGUCGAUGAUGAUGAUGAUGACGAUGUUGAUACUGGCAAUAAUAAUAGUCUAAUGUUAGGUGACAGUGAAGAGGAUCAGGAGGAAGAUGAUGACCCAACCCCUGACGUGGUGACUCUUUCUUCCGACGACGAUGAAGACGAAAAAUUGCGUGAAGAUGAUAGCUCCAUGUCCGACCUACAAUUAUCGUCUGAGAGCAGCCCAUUGAAGAACAGAAACGGCUCUGGCAAUGAAGACCAAGACGUCAAUGAAGAACCAUUCCCCAAUCUGGAUGGAUGUUUCGAUUUGAAUGGGGUCAAUACAAAACCCGGGUUUCAUCCCCUUCGUGAGCAUUUGCGAUGGUGCCCGUGGGUAAAUCAAGUGCAUGAUGGUUCGGAUCAAUUGGGUUGGACGUCGCUAAUCAAGCAACUUACCCAUCUUCGUGAGAAAGAAAUUGCUCAAUUGACUUCUGGAGAUGAUAGUCCGUCGUCUCAUCAUCAUGGAUCUCGAGAAAAAGAUGUUCGAAAUGCUCAGGGGCUCUUAAAUCUUUGGACUUAAUUUUCUUCCGCCUAAAAUCUGAGACCCCAUAAACGCCAUCAUCCACGGUUUUAUGAUUACAGAUCACUUCCGUGUCAAAAUUUCAAUUUCUAAUUGGUAAUUCUUCAGACAAAUAUAUGGUAUUGUUUAAUUAAC